GUGAGGAGUGAGGGAGCCGUUCAUUUGGAGAGGGGACUGUAUGCUCCAGCUUUCAUCAUGUCUGUCUCUAAAACAGAGCAGAACCUUCUGUAUCUUUUCAUUAUCGCGUUGGUGGGAGCAGAGGUCCAGGAGAGCAUCUCCCCCGAGUGUAAGAAGUUCUUGUACAUGGGGACCAUGCCAAGAGGGCUGGAGGAGCAGCCUUUAAAAAAGAUCUGUCAGUACUAUGCGGGCAAGCCACGGUUCUUCACCCUCUAUGACACCUUCAGCCACAUCCCUGUUUACUCUGCGUAUACUUUCAAGCGCUCGGAUGGCUCCAAAGUGGUUGACGUCCCCUGGAUGUAUGAGCCGCAGCUUUCUUUAGUGUCUGGAUCCAGAGAGAUGGAGACGCUCCCUUCUGAACACGUUUACAAGAGUUUUGAAGAUUCUCAGGCUGUGCUUGACGACUACUCCGACUCCGUGAUCUUCGAGCGAGGUCAGUUGAACCCAGACGAGCACCAGGCCGAUCAGGAUGACAAAGCAGCUACCUACACUCUGACCAACGUGGUCCCCACGGUCCGAGAGUUCAACAUCGGUCCUUGGAAAAUGCACCAACACACCAUACGUAAGAGGCUGAACAACUACUGCCGUGGAAACGCUUAUGUGGUCACGGGGAUCACCACCUCAGGCCACACCAUUCGCCGCAAUAACAUCAACCGGCUGGGCAUCCCUACCUAUCUCUGGUCGGCCUACUGCUGCGUGGAUUUUGAUCACAACGCUCCAUACACGGAGCGCACCAAGUUCCCUGCAUUUGCAGCUUAUGGGCUCAAUGACAGGGAGAAUAACAGGGUCCAGGAGAUGACAGUGCAGCACCUGGAGGAGUUUCUGAAGAGGGUAACAUAUGUCAGCAGCUCCUUCCAGAUCUUCUACGAUAACUGUGUGCCUUCCAAUACUGCCAUUGAUCACCUGCAUUUGGCUUAAGAAAAGUAGAUGAGUUAUAAAAGUAGACAGUCUUUACCUUUCAAUUUUAGCAUUUUGAUUUUCUCACAUUACUAAAGUAACAUAUUUCACUUUGUACCAAGCAUGCCUUGUCAGAAGCAUUAGUAACAACAACAGAUAGUUGCAGAUCACAGCUCUUUACCUAAACUGAUAUUUUUUUGUGAUGGUUUUCCAUGAUUUGGUUAUACACAUUACUCAUCAACUCAACCUAACCAAUUUUACUCUCUGCUCACAUUAUCUGUUCUUUUUUUUUAAUCAUAUCUAGCUGACAUGUGAAUGUGAAGGCCUUUUGUUCAGCCAUCACAGAUUAGACUUGUGUUUUACAUUUUCUGUCCCAGCGGCUUUAACUGGAGUAGCUGCUCCUCCACAGCAGCUAAGUCAUAGAAAUAUGUUAAUUUUGACGGGUAAGGAUUUGUUCUUGGUUCUAAGUGAUUGUUCUGAAUUUGUGGGAGACAGCAAGUGCUGCUGUUAUGUUCUAAUUUGAAUAAAUUGAAAUUCAACAUGAAA